GAGCGAGUCCGGAAGCCCGGGCGGGUGCGCGCGUGACCAGGCCCCGCGGGCGCGGGGCGAGGCCGGGGGCGGGGCCGCACACACCUGGCGGCGCCCGGAAGCCGCGUGCUGAGUGCCCGAGCAUCACCUGGUGCGGGGAGGAAUGAAAGCCCCAGCAAGUUUCCUGAUGCAGGCGGCGUACCGGAGGAGACCUCUGACCUCUUUGCGAAAGCCUUUUCGGCUAAGUGUUCCUCUAAUCCUCACACCUAGCCUGUGACGUCGCUAGUAUCUCAGUUGCAACUGAAGGAAAAACCGGAGGCUCAGAUGGGUGGAGUACCCGAGCCUCCCGGUAUUUUGUUUCGGCCUUCAUAGUUCUCAGCCUUUACCCCAAAACUACAAAAAAUGAACAAAUCCCAGGGAUCGGUUUCAUUCACCGAUGUGACUGUGGACUUCACUCAGGAGGAAUGGGAGCAACUGGACCCCUCCCAGCGGAUCCUUUACAUGGACGUGAUGCUGGAGAAUUACAGCAAUUUACUCUCAGUGGAGGUGUGGAAAGCUGACGACCAGAUGGAGCGGGACCCCAGCAACCCAGAUGAGCAGGCGAGACCAUUUAUCAUUUUUAAGAACCAAACCCCAAUUGAGGAAAGAGGUAAUCUCUUUGAAAAAACAUUUAAUCUGAGCACAGAUUUUGUUUCCUUAAGGCAAGUACCCUAUAAAUACGACUUAUAUGAAAAAACCUUGAAGUCUAAUUCAGACUUACUUAAUGGUAAUAGAAGCUAUAUAAGAAAGAGAGCUGAUGAGUGUAAUGGAUUUGGAAAAGCACUCCUCUAUCUGAAGCAAGAGAAAACCCAUCAUGGGUUGGAAUACUCUGACUAUAAUAAAAGUGGGAAAGUCUUUAAAGAAGCCAUUUUUAAACAUCAGAAAAUACGAAAUUUGGUACAACCUUUUAUUUGUAAUUACUGUGACAAGGCUUUCUCCUUUAAGUCACUCCUCAUUAGUCACAAGAGAAUACACACUGGAGAAAAACCUUAUGAAUGUAACGUGUGUAAGAAAACCUUCUCCCAUAAGGCAAACCUCAUCAAACAUCAAAGAAUUCAUACGGGGGAGAAACCCUUUGAAUGUAUUGAAUGCGGAAAAGCUUUCACCCACCAGUCAAACCUCAUCGUUCACCAGAGAGCACAUAUGGAGAAGAAGCCCUAUGAGUGCAGUGACUGUGGCAAGACAUUUGCCCAGAAGUUUGAACUUACUACCCACCAGAGAAUUCAUACAGGAGAACGACCCUAUGAGUGUAAUGAAUGUGCAAAAACCUUCUUCAAAAAGUCCAACCUCAUUAUACAUCAGAAAAUUCACACGGGGGAGAAACGCUAUGAGUGCAGCGAAUGUGGAAAAUCCUUUAUCCAGAACUCACAACUGAUCAUACACAUGAGAACUCACACGGGAGAGAAACCCUAUGAAUGUACCGAAUGUGGCAAGACAUUCAGCCAGAGGUCAACCCUGAGAUUACAUUUGCGAAUCCAUACAGGAGAGAAACCAUACGAGUGUUCUGAAUGUGGGAAGGCCUUCAGCAGGAAGUCCCGACUCAGUGUCCAUCAGAGGGUUCACAUGGGGGAAAAGCCCUGAGACUGCAGCUAGCUUGUUCUGUGGAAAAACCCGAACCCUUCCAGUGGGGGACAGACCGCACAAAGGUACUGAAGGAACGUGGAAAUGCCGGGGGGGGACACAAUCCAUCAAAUCAAAACACAGGUAAAAACAGGAUCCCCUAAGAACAGCCUCAUACCCAAAGUUAGAUACGCUGCCCAGCUAAAGCGUACAUCCAGUUGUAAAUAGACACGCGUAGUCCUGUUACAGUGAGCUUUUUAAAAUCUUGAAUUAUUCUGGGCAGCAGCAUAAAGGAUCUGCAGACCAUACCCCGGGAGUUGAGUGGCUGUGUAUGAGAUUAUGCCCCAAAACACAAAUCUUGUCUUACAUCUAUACAUGUAAAUUUAACACAGUCACUGGGAGUUGGAAAUUCUGGUCCUCUGAUAGGACAUGAGUAAGAUUUUCCAUACUAAACACCACGUGUCUUUCAGUACCUUUACAACCCAGUACGCAUUCCACAUGAAAUAGGUCACAGUUUUAGUAGCGUGUAGCUUAUGUUUUCUCCUGCUACUUGCUGGCAUAGGUAAGUUGGUCGGACCGUCGUUAUUCAGCUGCCUCUUCAAUAAACAGAAGACAAUGUUGAAGGUUUAACUUGCUUUGGAGGUUGCUAAAAGCAUUCUUCACAUCAAUAUAUAGGUGAGAGAUAAUUAAGAGGGGAUUUAGGGAGUGAAAGACCACUGUGGGCUGUCACUCAGUGUAGGCACCACAGCUGGAGAGAGUGCCCACGUCCCUCGUGCGCAGUUCCUUUGCAGUGGGGUGUUUACAUACAAAUGCAUGUCUUUUAACAUACUGUGUAACCCAUACACUACUUGUGCUUUUUUUUGUGUUCUCCUGUUUCUCUUAAUAUUUUAUGGAUUGUCUUAACAAAAAGUAGGAUGUGUAUGUGGUUCACAAAUGUUACAUUUCAGAGACUUCAGAGAAAAAAAUUAAAUGUCUUAGUGCUUUUUCAAAUGUCCACUUGCACAACCCACUUUAAAAAUGCAUUUUUGCCACAUCCUGUUUAAGGGAGGCAUUUUCACUCCCUGGGUUUCACUGUCAUCAGCCAGAAGCAUUUCCCUUUGGAACCUGAGUAAAAGUUAAGCCUUUCUUUUAAAGGUUCACACACACUUUAUAAGUUAGACUUUUCAGUGAUCUCUCCAUAUGUGUUUAACAACCUAAAAAAACUUCUUGCCUAACUCAGAGGUAAAGUAUCUUACUAUUGACUUCAGAUUCCCAAGUUCCUCUCCCUGUCAGUCAUGAAUCACACACUAGAAUUGUCACUGGGAACUGGCCUUUCUUUUUCCUUGUUUUUGAGUAUCAUUGAUGUGCUGUGACCACCCAUGAAUGUGAGUGACUUUCUGAACAGAUUGCCAGAACAUCUAUAGUCCAGUACGUUUGUCUUUCUCAAAUUGUCAUCUUGUCUACUACUGGCAAGGAAGCAGGGAAGAAGAUUCAUCUCACACACUGCUGUUAGAAAUGUAAGUUGCGACUCUGUCUCUGAACAUCAGGAAUAUGUGUAGCCUUCAGGGCACCUGGGUGGCUCAGUUGGUUAAGCAUCGACUCUAGGUUUCUGCUCAGGUCAUGAUCUCACGGUUCGUGAAUUUGAGUCCCUCAUUGGGCUCCACCCUGACAGCAUGGAGCCUGCUUGGGAUUCUCCCUGUCUCUCAGCCCCUUCCCUGCUUGUGCUCGCUCUCUACAUAAACAUUUAAAAAAUAUAUACAUACUCUUUAAUCCAGGAGUCUCACUCCUGGGGAUCUAUCCCUAAGAAAAAAUAAAGUGCCAGUACUUAAGAUUAUAUGUUUAUCAAUGUAUAUUGUAUUUUUUGAUAAGGACAAAAGAAAAUGUGAACAACCAUCACUAAGAGAAUGAUUGAAUAAACUGCAGAAAAAUAUGCCAUGGCUGGCUGGUGUUCCAUGGAAAAGAAUGUGUAGGAGCAGAUGCCUCCACAUCAGAUUGGGGGGUGGGGGGGAGGUUGUGUGUACACCAUGUUUUUAAAAUAAAGGUCUAAAAACCUUA